AUGUCAUCAUCUAUGUUUAUCCAACAAAACAAACAACCCAAAAGGUUAACACUAGAUAAAAUAGGACAAUUGGAAGAAGAAUUAGAAGAAAAUCCAUUGGAUUAUUUAAAAUGGAAUAAAUUAAUUGAACAAGUUAUAAAUAAAGAUAAUCAAGAACAAGUUAGAAAUAUAUAUUCUAAAUAUUUAUCAAUAUUUAAACAUGAUGCAACUCAAUGGUGUAAAUAUAUUAAAUAUGAAUUAAAUAGAGGUGAAAAACAAAAAGUGGAACAAUUAUUUCAAAAAUGUUUUGCAAUUACUGAUAGUGUUGAACUUUGUCGAUUAUAUGUCGAUUAUGUAAGAAGUGCUACUGAUUUCAUUACUGGAGGAGAAAAAGCUCGUGGUACAUUAAUCCAAGCAUUUGAAUUUGCAAUCGGGAAAGUAGGUAUAGAUGUUAAUAGUGAUGGAUUAUGGAAUGAUUAUAUUGAAUUCUUAAAAAGUUGGACUCCAAAUGCAAAUUGGGAACAACAACAAAAAGUGGAUUUAAUUAGAAAAGUAUACAAGAAAUAUUUAGUUAUACCUACUGAAAAUAUUCAAACAGCUUGGUCUCAAUAUACAAAAUGGGAAAAUGAAUUAAAUCCAGCUACAGCUCAAAAAUUUACUUCUGAAAAAUCGGCAGAGUUUAUGCUUGCUAGAUCAUGGCAUACUGAAUGGAAUAUUGCUACUGAAAAGAAAUUAAAAAGAACUAUUACUCCAUAUUCUACAAUUGACCCUCAUCAUCAAGAAACUGUUCUGCAACAAUUGAAUUAUUGGUUACAAUGGAUUGAAUUGGAAAAGAAGAAUAAAUUGGAAAUUAAAGAUGAAUCUUUAGUUGAAAAAAGAAUAAGUUAUACUUAUAAACAAGCUACUUAUGCAUUACCAUUUGUCGGGGAAUUAUGGUUUAAAUAUUCUAAAUAUUUAUUAUCUAAUAAUGAAGAAGGGAAUUUGAGUAAUUGUAUUGUUCUACUUCAAGAUGGUUGUGGGUUAAAUCCAAAAAGUAUGUUACUCUCAUUUCAAUUAGCUGAAUUAUAUGAAAAAGAUAACUCUUUUGAAAUGGCAAAACAAACCUUUAAUAAGUUAAUUUCUACAUUAACAAAUGAUCAUAAUAAUGUGACUUCCCAAAUCACUGAGAUUAAUGACCGUAUUGCAUCCAAACAACAACAACAAAAUAAUAACGACCAGGACGAUAAUGAAGAUGAACCCAAGCAAAAAGAACAAUCAACCCCACAACCACCAAUUUAUAGAAUUUCAUUAGCCGAUUCAACACAACUUCAAACUUUAGAAAAGACUCAAAAACGAUUGGCAGAUGCAAUCACACUCUCAUAUACGAAAUUAACCAUUGCUACCAAACGUGCUGAAGGAAUCAAAGAAGCCAGAAAUGCAUUCAGAAUAGCUAGGAAGUUUAAUGCAUUGGGAUAUCAAAUCUUUGUUGCUAACGCAUUAUUGGAACAUUACGCUGAUAAACAUAAAGCAGCCCUAAAUAUAUUUGAUUUAGCAAGAAGAAAAUUCUCAACUAAUGGGGAAUUUUUAUUGGAAUAUUUGGAUUAUUUGAUUAUGAUUAAUGAUGUGGAUACUAUACGAAAUGUAAUCCAGACUUCCAAUACAAGUAUCUCAAAGGAGAUCGCAAGUUUGACGGAAACGAUAGCCAUGCCCGAGAUUGAUCCAUUGACUAAAACUUUGAAAACUAGACAUUUGAAGCAAAUGCGAAAAUAUUUAAAGAAGUUGUUUAAGAAAUAUAUUUCAUUUUCGGCAACUUAUCUUUCCUUGGAUGUGACUAAUAGUUUUACUAAAACUUGUGAACAAUUAUUUCCGGAAGAUGAUCCAAUUGAAUUAUUUACUGAUAGAUAUAGACUUGGAUCGGUGAAUGUUAUUAAACGUGAUGAAAUUGGUGAUUAUUAUCUGGAUGAGGAUAUUGACGAUGAUGAACCUCAUCGCAAAAGAAGAAGACUUUCUACACAACUUAAACCCAGAGAUGAUGAUAUUAGUGCUAAUUCAGCUGUUAGAGACGUUCAACAAUCUUCUCGAAUUGAAGAAGAAAUCUUGAAUCAAAAUCAACCACAACAAGAAGAAUCAUUUGUUGGUCCAACUAUUACUGCAUUAAUGACUGCAUUACCUAAUGCUUCAUAUUUUGGACUUCCUUCUGAAAGUGUAUUUGAUUGUGAGAAGUUGGUGACUUUGUUUGCUAAUUUAUCAAAUAUUCCUCUGUAA